ACACAUUUAUUUAUUGAUUCUACAUUUCGGCCUCUGUCGCUGUUCUUGUUGCCCUGUUUUGGUCUCUUAAUUUGGUGGGCCCCACAUGUGCGCUUCCUCUUUUAUAUAAGUUCUCACUUCGCUUUUCUUCUCUCUGCGUUGCUUUCUCAAAUCUCUCAGAGAUUAGAUGAGAACGAGGAGAGGAUUUUGCUAUUGUUAUCCUGAGAAAGUACCCAUGUAUAAGAGAAGAGCGGAUUUCACCGGCGAUUCUCUGUGCUGCCGGAAACGCCGCCGGUCGUCUCCUUCUUCCUCGGCUGGCAGCGGCGGUGGAGACGGAGGCUCCGAUUUGUUCGACGGCUUGCCUGACGAUCUCGUCAUUUUUAUUCUCUCCAAGCUCAGCUCCACAGCCGUGUGCCCCUCCGAUUUCGUCAGCGUCCUAAUAACAUGCAAGAGAUUGAACGAAUUGGGUCUCCAUUCGCUAGUACUGUCCAAGGCAUCUCCGAAAUCGUUCCCUUUGAAAGCAAAAAAUUGGUCGGAUUCCGCUCACCGGUUCUUGAAGCUCUGCGCCGACGCUGGCAACGUCGAAGCCUGCUACACUCUCGGCAUGAUUCGUUUCUACUGUCUGCAAAACCGCGGAAGCGGAGCUUCAAUGAUGGCUAAGGCGGCGAUUAGCUCGCACGCUCCGUCGCUGUACUCGCUCGCCGUAAUACAGUUCAACGGCAGCGGCGGCUCUAAGACAGACAAGGACCUCCGCGCCGGCGUCGCUCUCUGCGCACGCGCCGCUUUCCUCGGCCACGUGGACGCCCUCCGGGAGCUUGGCCACUGCCUCCAGGAUGGCUACGGCGUCCGGCAGAACAUCGUCGAGGGCCGCCGUUUCCUCGUCCAGGCCAACGCGCGCGAGCUCGCCGCCGUGCUCUCUGUCGCGCCCUCCACGCGCUCCUGGCUCGCGUGGAACGUCCAGUCCCAUCUCAACAGCCUCAACCCUCGUUCCCGUCACGUGAACGGCACGGGAUGUCCGUUACUGAGCGACUUCGGGUGCAACGUGCCGGCGCCGGAGGCUCACCCGGCCAGCCCGAUCAAUGGAGGAGAGUGAAAGGGUUAGAGAUACGUGGAGAGUAGCCUUGGACCCGGUCUGACGGAGGGGAUAGAACGACGGCUGCUGGCA